AACUGGCGCACGAGACAACCUUCCUCCAGAAGUCAACAUCGCGCUCCACUAAGUCGGCGGAUCCCAGACGGGGAAAUCAGGCAGGGCUUCAACCAUGACUUCUCGGAGGAACGGAACUCUCUUCACCCAUAACAACGCCGCCUACCUCGCGCCCGCCCUGAUGCCCGGCUAUGGCGGCCACGUGCCCAACAACAAGUUCACGUACGGGGAGUCGUACGGCAACGUCACCAGCCGGACCUUCCAGGAGGAGCGCCUGUCCUCCAUGACCUCCAGCGCCAGCACCAGCCUGAGUGGAGGCAUGUUCCCCACCACCCGCCCCGUCGACGGCCACCUGACCACCGUACUGCCCGCCAGCACCCGGCAACAGGAACUCCAGAGCUUUGCCCAGCUGACCCAGAGACACCGCGACUGCUACAGAGACCGCACUGGCAUGUGCCCGCGUGUUGGCUACUUCCAGCUGCCAGUUAAAGAGAGCCAGAAACCCACGCAGAACGCCAUUGACUUGAGCGUGUUGGGGUCAGCGAUGGAGGAGAGAGUUCGGAGCUACCAGACCCUGCCUUCUGGAAUCAGAACAUCAUCGGAUGACCGUGUCACACGGGACGUGUUCUUUGAGCGCAGAUGAACUGUUCCACCACACGGUGGAGGUGUUGAGCUAAAUUACACCACAGCCAGGAGUAAAAGACCUUUAAAAAAUCCA